UCCACCCCACGAUAUAUUCAAGUGGUUACAUAACUCUUGCUCCGCGUUGCUUCAUUCUACCGUGGUCAUCGACCUCUUCACAGAUCCCUUGGGUGUCAUGCCUACUGUCAACACUCCCAACUCUUGUGUCAUCCAAUCCACCUUGGAAGAUCUUCAAGGGAACUUGAAACAAGUUGACAAGCCAAUGCGUGCAAUGGUUGUCAUCGAAAACUACAACAUUCUGGUUCAAACAAAGGGGUGGCAUUUCUUGAGAAAAUGCAUGGAUAUCCUUUUCAAGGCUCAUGAAGACGGAACGGUCGCCUUUGUCCUCUUGGGAUGCCAUGAAAGUGACCAAGAUGUUCACAGAUUGACUCAUCUUGUGGUGUCAGGAAACCAAUGGGAAGUUGUUGAUAAUAUGAUUAAAUGUAAUGUUGUAUCAGUCAGAAAUUUGCUCUCCGGUAACAUCAGACAAGAAUAUUUCCAGUUGACUGCUUCCAAAAUCGAUCCAAGAUCAAAGGACAUUCCAACCAGUACUUAUCUAAAAAAGAUUAAUGCCAUAAAAAUGACGACUCCACAAGAAACAGAAGACUUCUCAACAAUAUUUGGAGAUUUGCCAUUUAAAGUAGCACUUAGUGAAGCAGAAAAAGACAGAAGAGCAGAAGUAGAGUUACCCUACGAACAUAAGAAUGUUUCUCUAGCUGACACAGCUCUCGAGGAACAUCCCAAAGGCCUUCUUGUUCCAAGUUCCGAUGAAGAUCCGGAACAAGACAGUGACGAAGAUUUGGAUGUUUAGUCAGCAUGUUUUCUAGUAGAAAAUCUUCAAGAAGGCGACAUUUCGAAACGCAUGCCUUGCUAUGAGUAUCGUCGAAAUUGACACUCAUAAUAGCAAUAUAUUGCACUCCUUUCUUUAAGGUAGUAGGCAGUCAGUGAUCGCUUUAUUGGUACUUAAUGAAAGAACCGAGAAAACAGAUAAAAAUCAAGACCUAAUUGUUUCAACAAAAUUCGCAUUUGUUAAUUUAUCGAUUUGAAAAAUUUAAUUUUUUAAUAAAAUGAAGAUUAUUUUAAAUUAUGCUUUUCUCUCUCGAGACAUUAUUGUAUCAAAAGAUUUUAAAAUUAGAAAUCAGAAAAUUUAAUGGUUGGACAAAUAAAUCUCUCCUUGUAAAGAAGAAUGAAAGUUUAAAUUUUAAUUUUUUGAUUUGUCUUGAAAUUUGUAAUUCUAAAAAAUGCUACAAAUUAUAGAAUUGCUUUUCUAUACCAUGUAAAUCUUUUAAUGUAAAUGUUGACUAUCAAUCUUUUAAAAGCUAUGAGGCACAAGAAACAUAAAAUUUUUUUUUACUUU